UGGUGAAUUGCAAAGUGUUAUUUUUCUUUCACGUUCUGUCAAAGUGUAAAAGUUUUCCAGUGAUUUUGGUGAAAUAAAUCGAAUAAUUUAAGUGAUAACAAGUUUAUUUAGCUAAUGAAAUGAAUUUAAUUGUUUAAUACAUGCAAUUGUUUUUAAUGGGGCUUGUAUUUACUCAUCAUAAUGUAUGCAAAUUUUGAUGGAGAUUUUCGUAGACGUCCGCAACAGAAUUUAUCUGGUGCUAGCAGUAAACUAUCUCGCCAGGAAAUAAUACAAAAAGCCCAACAAGAACGACAAAAGCGUGAGACACAAAGACAACAAUUACGGGCUUCAUUGUGUAUUCAAUCGUUUUAUCGAAGUUACUUGGUACGAAAACGGUUUAAAGAAGAACAAAGGAAAAUUUAUAAUGAUUUGCAAAAAAAUUAUGUAGCUGGAACUAGUUUAGAACCAUUAAUAACUCGAAUAUUAUUGUUUUACGAUAAAUCUGAGGAUUUUGAUAGAUUGGUAUGGCUUUGUCAAAAUAUACUGAAACAAAAACAAGAACUGUUACAAUUAAUACUACAAAAUACUUCCUGGCGUUAUCGAAUUCAAAGUCUUUUAAACUUAUCUAUUAAAUCAUUGCUACUCACUAAAAACAAUGCUAUUUUACUUCGUAUAUUAGACGUAUUUUUAUCAGAACAAUUAUGUACCAACAUGGAAUACAGUUCGAUUGUGGCAAUGUUUUAUACUUCGUUAGCUAAAAAAGAUUUCUUCGAAAAUAUGCGACAAUUGUUAGAGCAAUCAACAAAAAUUGAAUCGAAUCCAACAUUAUUUAUUGAACUAUCAAAUUUUGUUAUACGACCAGUAACAUUAAUAAGAAAUUUUCAAAAUCUAGAGACUGUUUCACAUUACUCGGAAUUGAUAUUUUUAUCCUUAUGUCGUAGCAUAUUGAGUAGAGAAUUUACUGAAACGAUUAAACAUAUAUUUAUAGAAAAUAUGAUCAAAGUUCAAUUUCCGUAUAAAGAAUUUUAUUAUUUUUUAAUUAAUUAUCAGUCAAAAAUUGAUUUGUCUGUCUAUUUAUUUUAUAGUGUAUUAAAAUUAGUGCCCAAUUUUGCGAAUGAAAGUCAUAUUACAAUUAAUUAUUAUUUACAAGCAAUUUCACUAUUAUCAGAAAAUAUUCGUAAAAAUUCAAAAUUUGAAAAAUUAAAUUAUUUAAAUAAUUUUUAUACGCAUGAUUAUGAUGAUGACGAUGAUGAUAUGGAUGUGUAUGAGAAGAUAUCUGAAACCGAUGCACCAAGUAUGCUUAUGGAAUGUGUUGAAAUGUGUAAUGAAGAAUCAUUUGUCAAUAAUAUACUAAUAUGUUUAAGUAAUCAUACAAUUCAUGAAGAUAUCAUGAAUAAUAUCAUGAAUUCAUUAGCUCAAAUAUGCUUCAAUUUAUUAACUAGAGAAGAAAAUGCUGUACAAAAAUAUAAAUUUUUAUACAUGUUGGCAUUUAAACCGACAUUUUUACGAUCAUUGUGGAACGCACCAGAUAAUAAAGAACUUGUGGAUGGUUUACAGAAGGGAGCUCAUGUACUUGAUAUACGAUAUGUCCCUUCUGCGUGUCGGCUAUCAACGUUUUUCGAAUUGUUUAAUCUAUUACUUACAACUCUUCAUGAUGAUGAAUUUUGGUCUACUGAUUUAGCGGGUGAAAGACAAUCGGGUGUUAGCAGUAUGCCUUUCAGUGCAAAUGAAUUAGUUAACAUGUGUGAAACACUAAAACAAUUAGUCGAUGGUUUAAUUGAAUUGACUGCAAGUACACCGAGACAUUCCACCAUGACUUUACAAACUUCAUCAGCUUAUUCUAAUAACGAAAAUUUAAUGAAAUUUUGGUACGUGCUUUAUAAGAGUGCUGUAAAAAUAAUUACAAAUUUACAUCAAAAAGAUUCCCGAAUACAAUUUUGUUCAGAAAAUUUGUGGACGAAGAAAAAUAUGUUCAAUUUUCCAACAGAUUUCAAUCGAAUUGAGCAAGUUGCUCGAGUGUUUGCUGAAAUUGAUGUUGAAAAUAAACCACCUCUAACAAUAUGUGAAACCAGAUGGAUUCAAGUUUUACGAGAUUUGCCAUUUUUAUUACCAUUUACAUCACGUGUACUUUUAUUUCGUGCUUUAGUUAAUCGUUUACAUCGACAACAUCAAGAUCCCGAUAGAACACCAUUUUUACUCGGUCCCAGUGUAAACAUAUCCGUUCGACGAUCUCAUAUAUAUGAAGACGCUUAUUUAAAAUUACAAGAUUCCGAUUUACGACAAAAAUUACGUGUUCAAUUUGUAAAUGCCGUUGGCUUAGAAGAGGCUGGAAUCGAUGGCGGUGGAAUAUUACGUGAAUUCUUAUCAGAAUUAUUAACAACAUGUUUUGAUCCAAAUCGUGGCUAUUUUAAAUUAAAUCGUUCAAAUUUAUUGUAUCCAAAUCCGAAUGUACAUAAAGUUGAAGUAGAUUUUUCGCGACAUUAUUAUUUUAUAGGGAAAAUGUUAGGGAAAGCAUUAUAUGAAAAUAUUCAAGUUGAAUUACCAUUGGCUGAAUUUUUCUUAACGAAAUUAGUUUCUAAGAAAUUUGAUGUUGAUUUUCAUUAUCUAGCUUCGUUAGAUCAAGUGAUGUAUAAAAAUAUGUUGUUUUUAAAAAAUUAUCAAGGCAAUAUUCAAGAUUUGGGUUUGGAUUUUACAAUUGUUAAUGAAGAACUUGGUGAGACUAGGGUCGAUGAAUUAAAACCUAAUGGUAGUAAUAUUCCUGUAACAAGUACAAAUCGCAUAGAAUAUAUCCAUCUUUUAGCUGAUUAUAAAAUGAACAAACAAAUUCGACAACAAUGUUUAGCAUUUAAGGAGGGCUUACAUUCGGUUAUAGAUUUGGAAUAUUUACAAAUAUUUUCAAAUAAGGAAUUGCAAUUAAUUAUUUCUGGUGCUGAUUAUGAUGUAGACAUCAAUGAUUUAAAAGAACACACUAAUUAUUCAGGGGAUCGUACAGCAGAACAUCCAGUAAUAAAAAUAUUUUGGCAAAUUGUUGAAAGUUUUGAUAGCUUACAAAAAAGACAAUUGUUAAAAUUUGUAACAAGUUGUAGUCGACCACCGUUACUUGGUUUUAAAGAAUUGCAACCUGCAUUUUGUAUACAAUUAUCCGAUGGGACCGAUCGUUUACCAACAGCUAGUACAUGUAUGAAUUUACUUAAAAUACCUGCCAUUCCAGAUCCAGAUGUGUUACGUGAUCGUUUACUGUAUGCAAUUAGUCAAGGCGCGGGUUUUGAACUUAGUUAAAAAAAUUGUAUAUUUCAUAAUUAUUGAUUUAAAAAAGAUAAAUAUAUUUAUA